GUGGCACAGAGCACCACAACUCUAUCUACCUAGACUACUUGUUCCAGUGCAUAUCUUCUUAGUCUCAUAAUUCUCAAUACGCCAACCCCAAAACAAAAAAUGGCUGCAGAUGAAGUACUAAACCUCUUUGAUUCAAUCUGGUUUGGAUCAUCCUCAUGUUUUAGUACCAUGACAAAGACUACUACUACUCCUACUUCAAAAACAAACCCAUCUGAAGAUUUUGAUCAUGAUCAAGAAGAACAAAUUUUCCCAGAAGAUCUGAUGAUGAUCCAAGAAUCUUUAUCUUCACAAGACCAUGACCACCAUCUUUCAUUUUCUCCAUUCCCAAACCAUCUCAACGUAAGAUCACAAAGUGAGCAUCUUUUAGAGUACUCAUCAUCCAAAGGGAGUUUCUUCUCUGAUUCUCAGUUCUCUCCAAGCUCAGUUCUCAAUCUCAACAUGCCAAAGCUUCAAACCAUUAUCUCUGGAAAAGAAGUGAGAGAUUUUUCAGAAGAGGAAGGAAGUAAUUACAGCUCAACUACUACUGAGAAACAAGACGAAGAUCAUAAAGUAGCAGUAGUAGCUGCGGUCAACAAGAAAGUCAAGAAAAGGAUGAGGAGGAGAAAACUUGGGGCCAGUAGUAAAAGCUUGUCUGACCUUGAGUUUGAGGAGCUUAAAGGGUUUAUGGAUCUGGGUUUUGUUUUUACUGAGGAGGAGUGUAGAAAUUCGAACCUGAUUUCUAUUAUCCCUGGCUUACAGAGAUUUGCAGAGAAAAAACAAAGUGACGUUAUUGGACCCAAUAACAGAGGAAAAGAUCAUGAUCAAGGGAGUUCGGUUUCGAGGCCUUAUUUAUCUGAGGCUUGGGAUGUUUUGGAUAUUAAAAGAAAGAAGGAGAAAUCUCCAUUGAUGAAUUGGAAGUUAACUGAAACUGGUAGUGAAAUCGACAUGAAAGAUCAACUCAAGUUUUGGGCUCAUUCGGUUGCAUCCACUGUAAGAUAACACAAGUGUUUGAUAUUUUUCUUUUUGGUUGAGAAAACUUUGUUUUUGGUGAAAUUUUGUGCAUGUAAAUAAAAGUUUUCUGGCGAAGUCAAUUUUGUUUUACUUGGUAACAAAAAAAAAAAAAAAAAAAGAAGGGUGAUUUAAUUAAGAGUUUGAAUUGAAUUUAAGUUUCAAUAA